CCCUUUACGUGCCGAGGAACAUGGCGGAUCGACUCACGCAGCUGCAAGACGCCGUGAACUCGCUUGCAGAUCAGUUUUGUAAUGCCAUUGGAGUGUUGCAACAAUGUGGUCCUCCUGCCUCUUUUAAUAAUAUUCAGACAGCAAUUAACAAAGACCAGCCAGCUAAUCCUACAGAAGAAUAUGCCCAGCUUUUUGCAGCACUGAUUGCACGAACAGCAAAAGAUAUUGAUGUUUUGAUAGAUUCAUUACCCAGUGAAGAAUCUACAGCUGCUUUACAGGCUGCUAGCUUAUAUAAGCUAGAAGAAGAAAAUCAUGAAGCUGCUACAUGUCUGGAGGAUGUUGUUUAUCGAGGGGACAUGCUUCUGGAAAAGAUACAAAGUGCACUCGCUGACAUUGCACAAUCACAACUGAAGACAAGAAGUGGUACCCAUAACCAGUCUCUUCCAGAGUCCUAGCACCAUGUGGCUAAGAAAAGAACUGUUCAAAUGACACUAAAAAUUCUGUACCAGAUUUAGAUAUAAGCCUUUCCAACAGUUACAGAAACUUUGACGUGUUACCUUUUUAGCUAUUUUUAACAGUCUUCUGUUUUUGCUCUUGGUAAAUACACUUAAAUGAUUAAACCAACUUUAAGCCAUUUUUUUUUAUCUGAAUGAAAUUAUUAAGGCAUAUUGAACUAAUGUUCAUAAUACAAUUAAACAUAUGUUAUAAUGUUCUAUCUUUUCUUUUUCUUGUAUCUUUAUAGUCAUUUUGCAAAUCAGACUAUUCCUCAAGCCAGAGAUGGGGGACAUUUUGGAUGGGGGAACACCAUUUUAGAUUGGUGUCCUGCCUCUUGGGAGGUGGCAUUGUAUGGUUUUUGAGAUUUAAGCAUAAAAGGUUCAGAAAC